AUUAUUCGAACAUUCAAUAUUAGUGAGUUCAGCAACAACACAACACUACGACUGUAAUGGAUUAUGUUAAAAAGUGGCACAUAAUUAAAUACAUUUAUUGAAAGGAAAAACAUCAGAUGGCACAAGAAUAUUAGUAACAGACCGAUGUUUGAGCAACGAUUGUUACGUAUUUUCUUAAUAUUUGAACUUAAAUGAGCGUUCAAACCGACCUAAAAGAUGUUGGUUGGAUGUGUCAUGUUAUUCCAUUGAGGAAAAAUAAAGUGCAACAGUUAUCUCCCCCGAUUUCGCAAAUUCCAAGUAUUGGUUUUAUGCCUGAAGAAUCCAUCCACGAUAAAAAGCAUACAAUGUAUCUCAAGUCGACUGACUCACCGUAUGUACGAUUAUCUAAAAUGGGUGGUAAGCGGGAUCUACUAUGUUUUAGAGAAAACGAAUACAAAUCUGGAGCACCCGUUCCUUAUUCUCGAUGCGAAUGGUAUUACUUGGAGGAUAAUGCUCUGGAACUUAAGCAGAAUAUCAAACCCGAAUCCACAAGAUAUGUGUUUAAAGUACCAUUCUACAUGUCAGAUAGCUCGGUACAUCAAAUAGAGAAGAGAAAGACUACAGAAACAGUUAUUGAUCAUGUACAACCUUCUGUAGUCACCAAAGAAAGUCAAAAUGUAUUUAAAACUGCGGUCGCAUAAGUUCGGUUACGCAGAUUACAGCGGAAAGCUAAGAACAUUACGAAAUCGGGAAUUAUUAUUCCUUGAACAUAUCUUGUUAACUUACGAUGAUUAUUGUAGAUUAUAUAGUAAAUUUUGGUUUAUGUUUUGAA